GAAGGGUGGUAUAUAUGCAGCCUGGUUUCUGCAGAUCUGGUCUGGAUGUUACCAGGGAUGAUCUUAUGCUUGCAUUGGAGGAUUUUUUCACCUGCGGACCUGCCUCUGCAAACCUGCUGGUGUCUCCCUGAGCUAAAGACACACCUGGGCUUAAAGCCCCCACUUCCCUUUUUCCUUUAGCUGCAUCUUUCUGAAACAGAAAGCCAGUAAGCAAGUGUCAGUGGAGAACAGAAGCUAAAGGAGAGACGGAUCACUUGCUUUAAGGACAAUCAGACACAUACACGCAUUCUCCAAGCAGCUACACUGCUACCAGCAAAAUAAGCUGGACUGAUCUUUCCUCUUAGCUUGCAGUUUAACCUUGCAGUUGACAAACAGGGAAACAGAAAGCAAGGAAAAGAGUGGAAAGCUAAAAGCACAUAGCUGGGAGGAUAGAAAGGAGCAGGGGCAUGUGGAUAUUGGCUAUCAUCUUGUUCCAGAGCAUCUUGAAUGUUUUCAGUGAAGAUCUACAUGCCAGCCUGUAUUUUGUCAAUGCAUCUUUGCAAGAGGUAGUGUUUGCUAGCACCACAGGGACACUGGUGCCCUGUCCUGCAGCAGGAAUCCCUCCUGUGACACUCAGAUGGUACCUAGCAACGGGCGAGGAGAUCUAUGAUGUCCCAGGGAUCCGCCACGUCCACCCUAAUGGCACUCUCCAAAUUUUCCCUUUCCCUCCUUCAAGCUUUAAUAACUUAAUCCAUGAUAACACUUACUAUUGCACAGCUGAAAAUCCUUCAGGGAAAAUCAGAAGUCAGGAUGUUCACAUUAAGGCCGUUUUACGGGAACCCUACACAGUUCGUGUGGAGGACCAGAAAGCCAUGAGAGGCAAUGUAGCGGUCUUCAAGUGCAUUAUCCCCUCCUCUGUGGAGGCAUACAUCACUGUUGUCUCUUGGGAGAAAGACACAGUCUCACUUGUCUCAGGAUCUAGAUUUCUCGUCACAUCCACGGGAGCCUUGUAUAUUGUAGAUGUACAGAAUGAAGAUGGAUUGUAUAACUACCGAUGUAUCACGCGGCACAGAUACACUGGAGAAACAAGACAGAGCAACAGCGCAAGACUUUUUGUAUCAGACCCAGCAAACUCAGCACCAUCUAUUCUGGAUGGGUUUGACCAACGUAAAGCCAUGGCAGGGCAGCGGGUGGAGCUGCCUUGCAAAGCAUCGGGGCACCCAGCACCAAAGUACCGUUGGCUGAAGGACAAUGUUCCCUGGGAGCCAGAUAGCAGGUUUCGGCAGACAGUCACAGGUCUGCUGAUAGAGAACACGCGUCCUUCGGACUCAGGCAACUACGUUUGUGAGGUGUGGAACAACUAUGGUACUGCUGAGGUGAUAGGGCAUCUGCAUGUAAAACAACCUCUGAAAGCCACAAUCAGUCCACGGAAAGUUAAAAGCAGUGUUGGUAGUCAAGUGUCCUUGUCCUGCAGUGUGACUGGAACUGAGGACCAAGAACUCUCCUGGUACCGAAAUGGUGAAAUCAUCAACCCUGGAAACAAUGUGAGGAUCAUGGGGAUCAACCGUGAGAAUCUCAUUAUGGAUGGCAUGGCCAAAAGUGAUGGUGGAGCAUACCAGUGCUUUGUACGCAAAGACAAGAUGUCUGCUCAAGAUUAUGUUCAGGUGGUGCUAGAAGAUGGAACUCCCAAAAUCAUUUCUGCCUUCAGUGAGAAAGUGGUGAGUCCAGGAGAGCCGGUCUCCCUUAUGUGCAAUGUGAAGGGGACUCCUCUGCCUACAAUCACCUGGACACUAGAUGAAGAUCCUAUAAUCAAAGAUGGUAAUCAUCGUAUCAGCCAGAUUAUCACCUCUGAGGGCAACGUGGUCAGCUACCUGAAUAUCUCUAACACUCAAGUUCGAGAUGGGGGAAUUUAUCGCUGUACUGCCAACAACUCUGCUGGAGUCAUCCUGUACCAGGCUCGAAUAAACGUAAGAGGGCCAGCAAGCAUCCGUCCAAUGAAAAAUAUCACAGCAAUAGCAGGACGGGACACCUAUAUACAUUGCCGUGUCAUUGGCUAUCCAUAUUACUCAAUUAAAUGGUACAAGAACUCUGACCUGCUUCCUUUUAACCAUCGCCAAGUAGCAUUUGAAAACAAUGGAACAUUGAAACUCUCAGAUGUGCAGAAGGAAGUGGAUGAGGGGGAAUAUACAUGCAAUGUUCUGGUUCAACCCCAGCUGUCUACAAGCCAGAGUGUUCAUGUGACUGUAAAAGUUCCACCUUUCAUCCAGCCUUUUGAGUUUCCAAGGUUCUCCAUUGGACAGCGAGUCUUCGUUCCAUGUGUUGUGGUCUCAGGGGAUUUGCCAAUCACAAUCACCUGGCAGAAGGAUGGCAGGCCAAUCCCAGCCAGUCUUGGAGUAACCAUUGACAACAUUGACUUCACCAGCUCCUUAAGGAUUUUUAAUCUUUCACUGAUGCACAAUGGGAAUUAUACCUGUAUAGCUAGAAAUGACGCUGCAGCUGUGGAGCGCCAAAGCCAAUUAAUUGUGAGAGUUCCCCCUAGAUUUGUGGUUCAACCAAGUGAUCAAGAUGGGAUUUAUGGUAAAGCUGUAAUCCUCAAUUGUUCUGCGGAGGGUUAUCCUGUACCCACCAUUGUCUGGAAGUACUCAAAAGGUGCUGGGGUCCCCCAGUUCCAGCCCAUUGCCUUGAAUGGCCGUAUCCAGCUUCUCACAAAUGGCUCCUUGUUGAUUAAGCAUGUACUGGAGGAAGACAGUGGAUACUACCUCUGCAAGGUCAGCAAUGAUGUGGGAGCGGACGUCAGCAAGUCCAUGUACCUCACUGUUAAAAUUCCUGCUAUGAUCACUUCCUAUCCAAACACCACUUUGGCAACACAGGGUCAAAAGAAAGAGAUGAGCUGCACAGCACAUGGAGAGAAACCCAUCAUAGUCCGCUGGGAGAAAGAAGAUCGAAUCAUUAACCCUGAAAUGUCUCGCUAUCUUGUUUCCACCAAGGAAGUGGGUGAUGAAGUCAUCUCUACCCUGCAGAUUUUGCCAACUGUGCGUGAAGAUUCUGGCUUCUUUUCCUGCCACGCUAUCAAUUCUUAUGGGGAGGACCGUGGAAUAAUUCAGCUCACUGUGCAAGAGCCACCAGAUCCUCCUGAAAUAGAAAUCCGAGAGGUGAGAGCACGCAGCAUUGCCCUCAGAUGGACCAUGGGAUUUGAUGGAAAUAGCCCAAUCACAGGCUACGAUAUUGAAUGCAAGAACAAGUCUGACUCCUGGGAUUCUGUUCAGCGAACCAAAGAUGUCUCUCCUCAGCUGAACCAGGCCACUAUCAUUGACCUCCACCCUUCCUCCACCUACAACAUCCGCAUGUAUGCCAAAAACCGCAUUGGCAAGAGUGAAGCAAGCAAUGAGCUCACUAUCACUACGGAUGAAGCAGCUCCUGAUGGCCCACCUCAGGAAGUUCAGCUUGAGCCUGUAUCUUCACAAAGCAUUCGGGUCACUUGGAAAGCUCCAAAGAAGCACUUGCAAAAUGGAAUUAUUCGUGGAUACCAGAUAGGCUACCGAGAGUACAGUGCAGGGGGCAAUUUCCAGUUCAACAUCAUCAGUAUUGACACCACUGGAGAUAGUGAAGUUUAUACCCUGGAUAACCUGAAAAAAUUUACCCAGUAUGGCAUGGUAGUACAGGCAUGUAACCGGGCUGGAAUAGGACCUUCUUCUCAGGAAAUCAUCACCACUACCCUAGAGGAUGUGCCCAGUUGCCCUCCAGGGAAUGUCCAAGCCACUGCUACAUCACCAGAAACUAUCUCCAUUUCCUGGUCUACACUUGCCAAAGAAGCCCUGAAUGGGAUUCUACAGGGAUUCAGAGUUAUUUACUGGGCUAAUCUCUUGGAUGGAGAGCUGGGAGAGAUUAAAAAUGUCACUACUACACAGCCCUCACUAGAGCUUGAUGGCCUGGAAAAAUACACCAACUACAGCAUCCAGGUUUUGGCAUUCACACGAGCUGGAGAUGGAGUCAGGAGUGAACAAAUUUUCACCCGCACUAAAGAGGAUGUUCCAGGUCCUCCUGCUGGAGUUAAAGCAGCUGCAGCAUCACUAUCCACUGUAUUUGUGUCCUGGCUCCCCCCAUUUAAGUUAAAUGGUGUCAUCCGAAAGUACACAGUAUUCUGCUCACACCCAUAUCCCACAGUAAUCAGCGAGUUUGAAGCCUCUCCUGACUCAUUUUCCUACAGAAUCCCCAACUUGAGUCGGAAUCGACAAUACAGUGUCUGGGUGGUGGCUGUCACUGCCGCAGGAAGAGGCAACAGCAGCGAAAUUAUCACUGUGGAGCCAUUGGCUAAAGCUCCAGCCAGAAUUCUGACAUUCAGUGGCACAGUAACAACCCCAUGGAUGAAGGAUAUCAUCCUUCCUUGCAAAGCCGUUGGGGACCCAUCUCCUACAGUCAAAUGGAUGAAGGAUAGUAACGGGACACCCAGUCUAGUGAUGAUUGAUGGGCGAAGAAGCAUCUUUAGCAAUGGCAGCUUUGUUAUCCGUACUGUGAAAGCAGAGGAUUCUGGAUAUUACAGUUGUGUGGCCAGUAACAACUGGGGAUCGGAUGAAAUUAUUUUGAAUUUGCAAGUACAAGUGCCCCCAGACCAGCCAAGACUUACCGUGUCCAAAACCACAUCCUCUUCUAUCACUCUUUCCUGGAUACCUGGAGAUAAUGGCGGUAGUUCUAUCCGAGGUUACAUACUGCAGUACUCUGAAGAUAAUAGUGAGCAGUGGGGUAGUUUUCCCAUUAGCCCUAGCGAACGGUCCUACCGUUUAGAGACCUUGAAAUGUGGUACCUGGUACAAGUUCACACUAACUGCUCAGAAUGGAGUGGGACCAGGACGCAUCAGUGAGAUCAUAGAGGCCAAAACACUUGGAAAAGAGCCACAGUUUUCCAAAGAACAAGAACUCUUUGCCAGUAUUAACACCACUCGAGUGCGAUUGAACCUUAUUGGCUGGAAUGAUGGUGGUUGUCCAAUCACCUCCUUUACUCUGGAGUACCGGCCAUUUCGGACCACAGUAUGGACAACGGCUCAGCGGACAUCACUUUCUAAGUCCUACAUACUGUAUGACCUCCAGGAAGCAACUUGGUAUGAACUGCAAAUGAGAGUGUGCAACAGUGCAGGCUGUGCAGAGAAACAGGCCAAAUUUGCCACACUCAACUAUGAUGGCAGUACAAUCCCUCCACUCAUUAAAUCAGUUGUCCAAAAUGAGGAAGGUCUGGCAACCAACGAAGGGCUAAAGAUGCUGGUGACCAUUUCCUGUAUCUUGGUGGGGGUCUUGCUGCUUUUUGUGCUUCUGCUGAUUGUGCGAAGGAGGAGGAGGGAGCAGAGACUGAAGAGACUCAGAGAUGCAAAGAGUUUGGCUGAAAUGCUUAUGAGUAAGAACACCAGGACCUCAGAUACACUUAACAAGCAGCAGCAGACGCUAAGGAUGCACAUAGAUAUUCCCAGAGCUCAGCUUCUGAUUGAAGAGAGGGACACAAUGGAGACCAUUGAUGACAGAUCAACAGUGUUAUUAACUGAUGCUGAUUUUGGAGAGACAUCUAAACAGAAGUCAUUGACAGUUACUCAUACAGUACAUUACCAGUCUGUCUCACAAGCUACUGGACCAUUGGUUGAUGUUUCUGAUGCCCGGCCAGGAACAAAUCCUACUACAAGAAGGAAUGCAAAAACUGGGCCCACAGCUCGCAACAGGUACGCUAGUCAAUGGACUCUCAACAGACCCCAUCCCACUAUAUCAGCCCACACCCUCACCACAGAUUGGAGGCUGCCAACACCCAGAGCUGCAGGAUCAGUGGACAAGGAAAGUGACAGCUACAGUGUCAGCCCCUCACAGGAUACAGAUCGAGCAAGAAGCAGCAUGGUCUCCACAGAAAGUGCCUCCUCUACGUAUGAAGAGCUAGCGAGAGCAUAUGAACAUGCUAAGAUGGAAGAGCAGCUGAGACAUGCCAAGUUCACAAUUACAGAAUUUAUAUCAGACACAUCAUCGGAACAGCUAACGGCAGGGACUAAUGAUUACACAGACAGUCUGACCUCAAGCACACCAUCAGAAUCGGGGAUCUGCAGAUUUACUGCUUCACCCCCCAAAACUCAGGACGGAGGACGCGUGAUGAACAUGGCAGUUCCAAAGGCACAUCGGCCAGGUGACCUCAUGCAUUUGCCACCGUAUCUUAGAAUGGACUUUUUGUUGAAUCGAGGAGUUUCAGGCACUAGCAGAGACCUGGGUUUGGGCCAAGCCUGCUUGGAACCUCAAAGCCGAACCUUGAAGCGUCCCACUGUUCUGGAGCCGAUACCUAUGGAAACAUCCUCCACGAGAGAAGUACAGUCAUGGCAACCUGGUGCCAUGGCAACAUUACCUCAGCGAGAAGGGGCUGAGCUAGGACAGGCAGCUAAAAUGAGCAGCUCCCAAGAAUCCCUGCUGGACUCCCGGGGCCACUUGAAAGGAAACAACCCCUACGCAAAAUCUUACACCCUGGUAUAACAAAAAGAGCAUGGCUGGACUGUAGCUGUAAAUACUUACAAUUAAAAAAACCAAUCAAAGCUACCUUUUUAUUGAAUUCCAAUAUUUAUAAUUAAAAAAGAUUGCCAAAAUAUUUGAAAAAAUGCAAACUACAGACAGUGCAAAGACUCUCCUGCUUUUUUCUGUCUGAGUGUGAGCUUCAUCUGACUGGACAUCUGAAUUUUUGGGUAAAAGAAGUCCAGUUUUCUGAUCUUCACAAGCUUUUGUGUUUUUACUGAUUUUCUACAAAGUGCAUGGGGACUAAAUAAAACAUUUUAACUGGAAGUUCCAUCACACAAGAUUAAAAAGAAGGAAAACAAAUCACCCUAUUUGUGAAUUUAACAGGGACGUUGAUCUGGGAAAUCAAAGUCUUUUGUCAUGUUUGCACACUUUUUUUUAAAUUAGAAAAUGGGUCCUUGAUCGAUCUUUUUGUUUUGUUGUUAAUUAGGAUGAGUGCUGUCAGUGGGGAGGGAGGGAAUCAAUUUGCUUUUUUUUAAAAAUAAUUUAAUGAGACACACUUUGCAUUUUGUCUAUGCGAAAUAAAAGGGUCUUCUGCCUUUAUUUGUGAUCUUUGCU